AUGUCAUCCUACGUUGACCUCGAGGUCCCCGACCUGGUGAGGAAGUAUCAGGCGGACACGCUCGUCUUCCAUUGCCUGUACUCCUUGCACCGCGGCCCUCAGUGCGCAAAUUGGUACCGCAAGCAGGCGGACCUGAAGCAGCGAGUGGCCGUGAUGGAUGGUGGAUUCCGCGGAUGGGAGCAGUGCCACUUGCCAGUCAUUCGUGAGGGACACGUGGAUCUGCAGAAGCAGGCUGGGUACAACAUGUACGGGCUCUCGGUGGGCAGGCGCAUGGCAGGUGCUGGAGCUUGA